AUGGAGAAGAAGUUGAAAUCGGUGCAACUGAAAAGGCAUCAAGCGGUCGAAUUGGUGAAAAGUAUAGAACAGUUUACGAUCGGCUACGUCGAGGAAAAUGCCAGUGAAAUACCAGUGUGUUUGGAACAACUAGAAAGGUAUUAUGAGGACUUCCUACAUGCAAAUGCGAAAGUGAUGGAACUCGAUGAGGAGGCCACAGAUGCGAGUGUAACUGAGCGGUGUGAUAUGGAUACACGGUAUCGUCGCGUUAAGGGCUUUCUUCUACGAAAGCAACCACCUCCUACGGCCGCGCAAAAUAUGUCGAAUGAGUCGAUGCUAUUAGCGAGCUCGACUCUCAAUAGUUCGGGACGAUCAGGUGCAGUAAAUUUGCGGCUUCCAAAAAUCGAAUUGCCUACGUUCGAUGGCGAUUCCACCAAGUGGUUAACGUUCCGCGACCGAUUUGUGGCGAUGAUCGACAGUGCCAGUGAGAUACCGAAUAUAAUGAAGCUGCAGUAUCUGCUGUCCUCCUUGAAGGGCGAGGUUGGUUUGCUUUUCGAGCACACCACAUUGACAGCAGACAAUUACGAGGUGACGUGGGCUGCCUUGCUGAAGCGGUACGAUAAUCCACGUACGCUGAUCCGGGAGUACUAUCGGAAAAUUCAUCACCUGCCGGCCGUGAGCUGUGACAACGUGGACGAUUUGGCGCUGCUCGUCGAUGAAUUCACGCGGCAUGUGAACGGGCUGAAGAAGCUCGACGAACCGGUGGACACCUGGGACACGCCGCUCGCCAACCUGCUUCUGAUGAAGCUGGAUUCGUCGACCAUUCUGGCAUGGGAGAACCACUCAGCACAACAUAAAAAAGAUAAGUACAAGGAAUUAGUAGACUUUUUGCAAGAUCGUGUACGAAUAUUAAAAUCAUCGUGCGAGUUUUCCAAUAACGGUGACGGCAGUUUGAGAAUGGUGGCCGGCAACAGAAGGGUCUCCGACCAUAGGCCGAGCAUUGUGGGCAAUGCUGCAACUGCAAGGAGAACUUCGCCGAAUGUUUCAGCUCAACAGUGUGUUUUGGGUUGUGCAGAGCUUCACAAUCUGCGCAAUUGUCCUGCAUUCUUGCGAAAGGACGUACAGCAACGCCGUGAAGUAGCCACCCGUGAGCGACUGUGUUGGAACUGCCUCAAUCGCAGUCAUCAUGUGAGGGAUUGUCGUUCCGCGUUUAAAUGCACUACGUGCAACGCACGCCAUCACUCCUUGCUGCACGUAACGCCAAUUGUCACAAUGGUUGCGCAGUCGGAUGAUGAAGUGGUUCUGCUGGAAACAGUCCAACUACAACUGGUAGAUGAUCAUGGCAAUAAACAUACAGCACGAGCACUGUUAGAUUCCGGAUCGAUGUGCAACUUUAUCUCCGAAUCUAUGGCCCAUCGACUGUUGACACCGCUGUCCAAAGUAAGCAUUGCUGUAUCGGGUAUAGGGCAAAUCAAACAGCACGUAAAGGGUUCCAUCACAGCGACCGUUCGAUCGCUAGGAGAAGACUUCCAUUCGUCAAUGGAAUUUCUAGUGCUCAAGACUCCGUCAGCUGAAAUUCCAACCAUUCCCUUAAACAUUGCGAAAUGGAACAUCCCAAACGUACAGUUGGCAGACUCGUCUUUCCACGUUCCGGGAAAGGUCGAUGUUGUAAUUGGUGGAAACACGUUCUGGGAGAUACAUACUGGAAGGAAACAGUCAUUGGGUAACGGAAGGCCAUGGCUGAUAGAAACUGCGUUUGGAUGGGCGGUCUCGGGGAAUACUUCCCAACUUGCUGGCCCCAAUCUACGAUUGUGUCACACGGCCGCCAACGAAGGUGCCAUCGAACGCUUGCUCCAGCGGUUUUGGGAGGCUGAGAGUAUUAUGGAAGGUCCUGCCUUGUCAAUUGAGGAGGACAUGUGCGAAAAACAUUACGUAGCUACCACGAGCCGUAAUGCACAAGAUCGCUACAUUGUGUCUUUGCCGCGAAGCCCCAAACCUGAAAGAACGCUGGGUUUGUCAAAAGAGAUAGCAGAUAAUCGUUUACUGGGUGUAGAACGUCGACUGAAGGCCAACCCUGAAAUGGAAAGGGAAUAUAUUAAAUUUAUGAGAGAGUAUGAGUCGUUGGGACACAUGAUCAAACUCACGGAACCCGUUGAUGACAACAAACCACAUUGCUACAUUCCUCAUCACGCGGUAGUCAAAGAGACCAGUACAACAACCAAGGUGCGUGUUGUUUUUGAUGCAUCCUGCAAAACAACAUCUGGCUACUCGCUAAACGAUACUCUGCUGAUUGGUCCAACAGUGCAGGAUGAUCUGCUUACAAUCAUCCUACGCUUUCGAAAACACGCUGUCGCAAUAGUGGCAGACGUAGAGAAAAUGUACCGGCAGAUUCGUCAUUGUGAAAACGAUCGAAAUCUAUUGCGCAUACGUUACCGUGAAUGUCCCUCCGAUCCCAUUUCCACGUAUGAGUUGCAAACGGUGACCUACGGUACCGCAACAGCACCAUUUCUAGCUACUCGAACGCUACAACAAAUUGCGCACGACCACAAACAACAAUACCCUUUGGCAGCCGACCCAGUGCUACAUGACUUUUAUGUGGAUGAUUUGUUGACUGGAGCAGAAGAUGUAGUAGAGGCCGUUGGAAUGCGAACGCAAAUUUCGCAAAUGCUUGAAUCGGCAGGUUUCCUCUUGAAGAAGUGGGCAUCUAACGUCUCCGAAGCGCUUGAAGGAGUUCCGAGCGACGAUCUAGCGAUCAAACCAGUUCUAGACUGGCAGGAAGAUCAAGCGAUUUCAACAUUGGGCUUGGUUUGGGAACCGUCUAACGACAUGCUACGGUUCAGAGUCGACCUUGCACGACCAGCUCAAGAGCUUACGCGAAGUUUGGUCUUGUCUUACACGGCCAGAAUCUUCGAUCCCCUGGGCCUACUAGGGCCAACGGUAAUACUUGCCAAAAUGUUUCUGCAGCGAUUAUGGGGGUUGAAGCAAGACGGCAAAACGCUUGAUUGGGAUCGCGCACUACCAAUGGACCUGCAAGAGGAAUGGAGAAAGCUGCACAAUACAAAUACCUGCAGCUACAUGUAUUCGCUGAUGCUUCACAAGGAGCAUAUGGAGCAUGCUGCUAUGUACGAGCAGUAUCCGCAAGAGGCAUCCAGGGUGGCACAAAUACAGGAAGAAACGCGUAUCUCCAGCUGGCGUCAUGUUCCUGGAGUUGAUAACCCGGCGGAUGACAUCUCGCGCGGGCUGAGUCCGGAAGAAUUGCUGCAGUGUACACGUUGGUGGCAUGGACCGAGUUGGCUGUCCUACGGACAAGAGAAGUGGCCCCAUGAUCAACCGGCGAUGAAGGAAGGCGAGGCUGACAUCGAAGAGCGACUGGCAGUCUCACACAUUGUCACUACAUCUACGAUGUGUGAUUUUAGCAACAUACUGUUCGCCAAAUACUCAAGGUAUGGCAAGUUAAGGAGAGUUGUGGCUUUCUGCUUGCGGUUCAUCACAACGCUUAAGGCAACCAAGGCAUCAUCGUGCAAGCGCGUUAAGGUAAAGGCGGACAUCAAGACGUUGCUGCACUCCGUUCCACCGCUUACAGCAGAGGAGCUACAGCAAGCCGAGCUGCGUUUGUGCCAGCUAGCACAACAGGAGUCGUUCGCGGAAGAGCUGGUCGAUCUACAACGAGGGAAGCAGGUUAGUGCGAGAUCAAAGCUGAAGUGGUUGUCCCCAUACAUCGACGCACAGGGUGUGUUACGUGUCGGUGGCCGGCUAG